AUGGCGACAAAGGUGUCCCAAGAUGGAGGCGACCACUUUCAGAGAUGGGGUGGUGAAGACAGGCCAUUUGAUGAUAUUGUUUUGUUAGRUAUCUUAGCUGCAAGGAAGGAUCCACGUGGAUUAUCUGGAGAAGUUUUAGUAAAUGGAGCACCUCGGAAUGCCAAUUUCCCAUGUGAGUCUGGUUAUGUGGCACAAGAUGGUGUUGGGAUGGGCACCCUGACAGUGAGAGAAAAUUUACAGUUCGCAGCGGCUCUUCGGCUUCCAACAACUAUGACAAAUCAUGAAAAAAAUGAGAGGAUCAACAAACUCAUUCAAGAUUUAGGUCUGAGUAAAGUGACUGAUAUUAAGAUUGGAACCCAGUUUGUAUCUACAGGAGAAAGAAAAAGGACCAGCAUAGCAAUGGAGCUGAUCACGGAUCCUCCCAUCUUGUUCCUGGAUGAGCCCACAGCUGGUUUAGACUCCAGMACAGCAAGUGCUGUCCUUUUGCUCCUGAAAAGCAUUUCUGAGCAGGGAAGAACAAUCAUCUUCACCAUUCAUCAGCCUCGCUACUCCAUCUUCAAGCUGUUUGACAGCCUCACCUUAUUGGCCUCAGGAAAACUCCUGUACCAUGGUCCUGCCCAGAAGGCUCUGGAGUACUUCCAAUCAGCAGGUUACCAGUGUGAGCCCUACAACAAUCCUGCAUACUUCUUUUUGGACGUCAUUAAUAGAGACUCCUCUGCUAUAGUGUUAAAUAGAAAGGAAGAGGACUCUGAAGCUAAUGGGGCCGAACAGUUUUCCAAGAGAGAAAAGCUAGUCGCAGACACAUUAGCUGAAUUUUAUGCCAACUCCUCCUUCUACAGAAACACAAAAGCUAGAUUACAGGAGCUCUCAGAUGGUCAGAAGAGGAGCUCAGGCUUUAAGGAGAUCACUCAUGUCACCUCCUUCUGCCAUCAGUUCAGAUGGAUUCUCUGGCGUGCAUUCAGAAACUAUCUAGGUUUCCCCUCAGUCACUAUUCCUCAGAUGUUUGGCAUAGCCAUUCUGGGAUUGAUUGUAGGUGCCACAUUCCUUGUGCUAAAAAAUGAUUGUACUGAAAUCCAGAAUAGAGCCUGGGCACUCUACGUGCUGGUUGUCGUCCAGUGUUUAAGCAGUGUGACAGCUGGGGAGAUCUUUGAGCUCCAGAAGAAAAUUUUCAAACACGAGUACCUCAGUGGAUACUACAGAGUGUUGCCUUAUUUCCUUGGGGAACUGUUAUCUGAAUUAAUACCCCGGAGGUUGUUUCCAACUAUUAUAUUUACUUCUAUACUAUACUUCAUGUUAUGGUUGAAACCAGAUGUGGGGGCUUUCUUCAUGUCGAUGAUUAUUGUUUUGCUGGUGGCUUAUGCCACCGGUACCAUGGCAAUGAUCCUGGGAGCAGGGGAGAAGGCGAUGGAAAUAAAGACAUUUCUUGUGACUGUCUAUUUUGUGUUUAUGAUGGUUUUGUUGGGUAUUUCAGUGAAUUUUGGAACCAUGACACCUUGGCUAUCCUGGCUUGAAUACUUGAGUAUUCCUCAUUAUGGCUAUAUGGCUUUGCAACAUAAUGAAUUUUUGGGACAAAACUUCUGUCCAGGACUCAGUACAACCGAAAGCAGUGGCUGUAUCAGCUAUGUGAUAUGUACUGGUGAAGAAUUCUUGACAAUCCAAGGCAUCGAUCUCUCACCUUGGGGCUUGUGGAACAAACUCUUGAGUUUGACUUGUCUGAUUUUUAUUUUCCUCAUAAUUACCUACCUAAAACUGGUAUUUCUCAAAAAAUAUUCUUAA